GGAACUGUGGAUAAAUCCGCCGACAACUGCCGGCGCGAGAGAUUCAACUUCUUGUUUCCUGACUACUUUACCAUUUUGUAGAUAGCAGCGGUUGUAAUUACCUGUUUUUUGUGUCUUUUAUUGUUUUAUUACUAAGUUAUUGUGUAUUUUAAAUGAACAUGGACUGCGUAGAUUUUCCAAGAGUCCUACCGAACUCACCGAGGAAAGCCCGGGGACAAAUUCAGGUCAUCUUUGGACCGAUGUUUUCAGGCAAAAGCACUGAACUGAUGAGAAGAGUGCGCCGUUUCCAGAUAGCCCAGUACAACUGCCUGGUGAUCAAAUAUGCCAAAGAUACACGGUACUCCGACGCGGGCAUGGCCACUCAUGACAAAAGCACAAUGGAAGCUGUACCAGCAAAUUCUCUGAGGGAUGUGCGGCCUCUGGCACUGCGAGCUUGUGUGAUUGGAAUCGAUGAAGGACAAUUUUUCCCAGAUGCUGUGGAGUUUUGUGAGGAGAUGGCUAAUUUGGGGAAGACAAUCAUUGUAGCUGCCUUAGAUGGAACCUUCCAGAGAAAGCCGUUUGGAAACAUCCUGAACCUUGUUCCUCUGGCGGAGAGUGUAGUGAAGCUCCACGCUGUCUGCAUGCAGUGUUUCAAAGAAGCUGCCUACACCAAGAGGAUAGGAGCUGAAAAGGAGGUGGAAGUGAUUGGUGGAGCAGACAAAUAUCAGGCGGUGUGCAGAAAGUGUUACGGAGGUCUGAUGGUUGACAAAGAAAACAGUUCUCCCUUCAGGAACGAAACUCCACAAAAUGCCCUCAUAGGAAAACUCGUGGACAGCGGUGUUCCCAGGAAGCUCUUCUCCUCUCUACAUCUCUGAAGACGAAACAAAGACUUGGUGCAAAAGCUGAGAAAUUUAAUCAAGUGUGUGUGUGUGUGUGUGUGUGUGCACUGUUGAUGUAGUAGUUUUUAUCAACUGAAUUGUGUGUUUGGGAAUGGAAGCAGAUUGCAGAGUAAAUGGGUUUUUAUCUGAAAUAACAACUGAAUCUUUAAUUAUUAGUAUGUCUGCUAAAGAAUUUAAUCAAAUCAGAUCAUUUGGUUUGUAUUUGGUGUCUAUUUGAUAUAUAUAUAUAUUAUUUACUUGAAGCACUUAAUAACCUUGAAUCUAAGUAAACAACCUGCUGUCAUAGAAUCCAGUGUUGUGGUGAUAUCUGUAACAUUUGUUUAGGUUGCUUUUGACAUCUUUAACUGUAGCAUUAGUAAAUGUAAGGUGUUUAACAAAUGUAUUGACAUUCACAAGGCCAUACUCAAUGGAAACACAGACUCAAAGUUUUACUAUGUAUUGUCAGUAAAAUGUGUGGUUAAACUCGUUGCCAUUUCUGAGGAAUUCUUUGCUUUUAAAAUGUAAAUGUUUAGUGCAUACUGUGAUAUGUAAUUAAAUACACUCACAAGCAUCUGAGGCCUAAAAUAACCUGUUUAAAUCCUGGCAGACUCAAAGGCUGUGCUGUGAGCUGUUGUGUUGGAAUGGGAAAGUACAGCAUAUCCUCUGCAAACUAUAUUAAACUUGUACUACUGCAGCAUAUGAAUGAAGCAGCAUGCACAAGAUGCCUGAACCUAUGACUUUAUUCAACAGUUGUGCAUCCGUGACGUUGACAUGAAGGCAAAAGAACAAACUGAACUUGGUCAAAAACAAAAGUGGAAAUGAUAGAAAAACCAAUGAACCAAGCACAAUUUGACAAGUGUUUAUAAAACCUGCAGACCAUGCAAAUCAUUCCAGUCUCACAUCUAAAACAUAAAACUGUGUGUUAACCCAAUUAUGAUUAAUGUUUAAGCAAAAGCAUAAAUGCAGGAUACUUUGUACUUGAUAUGUGCAGCAAAUAAUCACACUACAUUUUUGUCACUGAGGCAGACAUGGCUUACUUUGAAGCUGCAAACAGGAAAUAAUAUUGAAGAAAAAAAUCUAGUAGAAACAUUUCAAGCUCCUUUCACUGACAACUUCAGGUUGCCAGUUUUGAUUUCAAGACUUUCCACAGUAUGGAAAUUAACAAAAACCAUUCACGCACAGCAGUGAGGGCAGCUGUGAUGCACAGCUGCUUAACCUUGAAAUAACUUCAAGAUUUAAUCAUGGCACAAUUUACUGUCAUUCACCA